GAGUUUCCGCCGGUGGAGAAAGCUGGAGCUCAACCAUCGAAGCCCGACACAGAGAGCAAGAAGAAGGGCAAAAACGAGGUGAGACAGGAGUUUCCGCCGGUGGAGAAAGCUGGAGAUGCUGGAAAAUCUGGAAAAGCUUGCUCAACCAUCGAAGCCCGACGCAGAGAGCAAGAAGAAGGGCAAAAACCAGGAGUUUCCGCCGGUGGAGAAAGCUGGAGAUGCUGGAAAAUCUGGAAAAGCUUGAACCUCAAGGGCCGCUUCAGGAGUUUCCGCCGGUGGAGAAAGCUGGAGAUGCUGGAAAAUCUGGAAAAGCUUGAACCUCAAGGGCCGCUUCAGGCUCAACCAUCGAAGCCCGACACAGAGAGCAAGAAGAAGGGCAAAAACCAGGCGUCUGCGCCUGUGGGAGAAGCUGGAGAUGCUGGAGAACCUGGAAAGGCGUUUGUGAAAGUGAAGCAGGAACUGCUUGAAGUGAAAGAGGAGGAAGAGGAGGAUGAGGAGGAGCCACUAGAGACAGCACAGAAGCGAAGAAAGGUCCACAACAACUUCUUGGAAUAUUCUCCGCCCAUCAUCAAGGGCCGUCGAAAAGCCUGUGUUGCGGGCAUCGUGCGCCCACGCCUUCAGAGUGGCCCUAGCGUUCCUUUUUCAGCGACUGGUGCGGAAGAAGACGACAAGCUGACCUCUGAAUGGUCCAUUGACUCGGUUGGACAGCGCAAGAUUUGUCACGGUAUUCUCCAACGACUUGAGAUCGACUUCACCCACUUCCAGCAAGCUACUGAGACAGGCCAGAUCCCAGGGACGGAAGAAGAAAUGCAAGUGGAUGAAAGUCACCACGAACGUGAUUGUUCUGCUGCUGGAGAUGUAAGUUCACAGGGUGAACCAGUGAAAGAUUUGGAAGAUCCCCUGGCUGAAAGAUCUGAAUCCAAAGCAGACUUGCGACGUUUGAAGGUGAUGCGAGUUGUCCAGAAAGACCCUCACAUGGUAGUUCUUCCACCCAACACCCGCAAGCUCAGCUUUCCAGUUGAAUGUCGGCUUUGUAAGAGGAAAGGAACUGGGAAGUUCGCAGUGUUUGAUUUGGUGAACAUGGGGUCAGCAAAGUACUACUGGCAACACGUUCAGGGCCCCACCCACGUCAGCAACUUGCGUGUCUUUGCAGAGGCAGCAAAAAAAGCUUCAAGUGAGCCUGUGGAUUGCGAAGGCUUUUGCGUUCAGCGUGCUCAAGGCACUAAGCUUAACACGAUCAGGGAGGAGUUCAACUUGUGGUCCACAUACAACUGCAUGUCAUCUGUUGGAACAAUGAGAGAUGCAGAUGCGAGGCACAAGUACACUCUUGACCUGACCCAGAACGAACAUGUGAUUGUUCAUCGACUUUUGGCGGCGCAACUAUGGGAGCCUUCGACUGUCGAGUCCCUGGCUAAGGAGAUCAAGUCAGCCCCUCUGCUGAAAGUCACUCCAAGGUUCACAGCUGAGGUUGAAGCCAUUUGCUCCUAUGUUGACAAAGAUACUGAGCAGCUCCAGCGCUAUGUGAGAACUCAAUUCUUGUCUGUUCCGAAGAGCCAUUGGGGAACCGUUUUGGAGAGUUGGAUCGCCUACCUGGUGCUGCCGUCUGUGCAAGUUCACAUUCCAACAUGGGAUGCAAGAGUGGUGAAAGAUUAUGCGCAUGUGAUUGCCAGUAAAUUGAGGUCAAAAGAGCUGGCGACCUUGGAUGAGGUAAACCUGAAGCUGGCCUGCAAGGUCGCCGCAGGCGCUUUGGAUGCGCACCCGAUGGUGCAAGGCAUCUUGAUUGCCUGCGUUGAGCAGGGUACUCGUGCAUCUAGAGGCAUCUACAACAUGAAAGGCCUCAAACUGUCAGAUGCGGAGAUGCAGUGCAUGAGUGAAGCUGGGGUGGCGCUGGCAAUGGCCGCUUCCAACAAAUCCUUGCUGCAGACUUUUGGGUUAUCUUUUGCAGCCCCAAAACUUCCUCUCAGCAACUUGUUCCAAUUUGGACUACCAGAACCUUUCCUGGCUGUGGAUUCCCCAGACAUUAUCAAGCAGAACUCUCAUUUCAUCGGAUCUUCGUUGCGGACACCCACUUCCUCCAAGAAGCUUGAAGGUGAUGAUGAUGAAGAUUUGCCUUUGUGCCCAAGCACUCGCCACUUGGUCCUAGCUUUUGACAAAACAUACAUUCUUCAGGGCAUAGAUUUGGUCCAACUUCGCCGUGGACGUGGCUAUGUUGGAACAAGUCUUGCUAUGGAAGUGCUUGCGCAACCUGAUGGAGACCACGAGCCAGGUCAAUCUGAGGACCAGAAUGGCAAGAAUAUGAAGAAUUCCGGUUGGGACGCUGCAUCUCUCAACUAUGCACAUGAGAUGUGCGAGUUUCUUGGUUGGAACCCGCUUUUGAAAAGCCAGCCAAGAUUGUCAUUGAGUUGUGUCCCAAUGGAGUACUCCUGUGACAGCAAACAGAUGGCACUGCUUGUUGGUGAGACCCUGGAAAGAGCCACCAAUGUCAAGACCAUCGUGUGUGACAAUGCGACCAACCACGGUCUUAUCAAGAGCCUACUCCUUGGCACUCCAGCAGGCCUAUCUGCUCAAGAAGUUCAGGCUCUUCCAUUCUGGAAACGCCUUUCCUACGUGGAUUUGCCAACCUCUGCGUUGCCACGAUUUCCGUUCCGGAAGCCUCAAGUUGCUGGAGAGUUUUUGCUGAAUGGCCCAGCACACAUACAGAAAAACGUAUGUGGUCAACUGCGAAGUCCUGCGCGCACUGUGUACUUUGGGCGGUGCUUUGCAGACCCAGUUGCCGCAUUGGAUUUGCACAUGCCUCCGGGGGCCUUUGUGGGAUACGAUGGGCAAUCAGACAGGGAGGCGGCGACUUUCCUGAAUGGCUACUUUCUCACAGAUGACAUGGACGAGGGAAGAGUCCCGUGGAGCCUCACUGGCUUUUUGCUUGUCAAUCUCAGAGAGGCUAUGUGUUUGGCAGCAGUCAUGAACCCCAAUCUGAAUUUGGAGCAGCGUCUCGAAAAUGCACUGACUGGCUUUGUCUUGCUGGACUUGUGUGCACUGGUGGCAGAGCAGCGCAGCAAAGAUCACGGUGUCUCCAAAGAUCUGUUCUGGAUUGCAAAACAGACCCAGCGAAACCUCCAAGAGCUUUGCGCCUGCUGUGCACUUCAGUCAAUGGGCCCUAUGCACACUUCCAACUCUUUGCUGAAUGCGUAUGUGGUGAAGUGUGGUGGCGAUCCUGCAGGACAGUUUGCUCCUGUCCUUGAGGGCACGCCAGAAGAAGCUCCCAGUGAUGCUUCUGAUAUUGACGAUGAGUUCGUCAUAGAUGCUCCAGAGGGCCCCAUCAACAGAGACGACCUGACAGGAGCAGAUGCAGAGUGCUUUGACCUUCUCACUGCGCUUCAGGCACGACAACAGGCAGAUCAAUUGGAGUGGGACACCAUUGCUGAGAACCCAGGUCCAUUGUCUGCGAUUGAGGCCGAUGAGAUUGCCAGCCAGUUGUUGGUCAAUCUCCGUGUCCCUUCUGAUUUGCAUGCCUUGCCCAGACCACGCCGAUUUCGAGAGGUUGGGACUGGCAAGAAGCUCAAUUGGCAUCAGCAGUCUGAACACGAAGCCUCCCUCAUUCGGCAGAUCUGCGGAGUUUCAUCGAAAAGGACGUCACGGGCACAGGCUUGGAGAAUGCUUUCAGCUUCACUUCGCAAAGCAGUUGACAAGCCAGAUGAAUGUGGUGACUUGGCAUCUGGGAUGGCAGUCCUGUUUGCCCCCGCCAAGAAGCAAGAGUGGCGCCUUGGCGUCGUUCUUACUGUAUGGCGCUCUACGGCGAAAGCUGGAUGUAGGCCAACGGCAUUGCCCAUUCCAAGUGACGCAGUGCGCUACUUUCGUGUUUCUGAGCUUACACCAGUCCCUAACACCAAGGAAGGCACCUUCCUGGCCAAUGCAACUUCGACGACAUCAGUUUGCCCCAUACAUCGCCUGGGUCUGGUCUUUGAGGUGGGAGACACAAAGGCAGGCAUUGAUGGGUUGCAGGUGGUGCUGGGUGAAAAGGAACUUCAGGUGUGGUCGUUUUGGAUGAUGACAACAGUGAUGCAGAUCAGGAAGGCAUCGGCUCCCAAACAAAAGACCCUGGUGGCAUACAAGGAGAAACCGGCGGCGGUUGCAAAAGCAGAGAUCCAGGCCAUUCCUCAGAACUUCUCUCGCCACAGCCGUGGUGAUCAGUUGAUCCGUCAGGAGUUUCAGAAGCUGAUGGAGUUUCACUCGUCCCAGCCGAAUGCGAAACCAAUUGUUACAGAGAGUGGCCACGUACGAAUAAAAGAUCCAAAGACCAAUGUCACCUACACUGGAUUGCUUUGGUCAGAGUUGGUCGAACGUGCUCCGGCCUUUUUUUCAGCAGUGCACAAGGGGGUGAGGAACAAAGAGAAGUACGGAAGUGUUGUGCACGCGCACUUUGUGAAAAUGCGCCAAGAUCGACAAGAAUUCCUCAGAGUGGUUCAUGAGAUUCCACUCGGCACAGUUGGCACUGUCGAGCAAGGGGCCAAAGCAUCCAGUGGUGGAGCCGAAUUGAUCAUUUUGAUCUUGCAAAUCUUAGCACUUAGGGACGCCAUCGACAUGAUGAAGGAUGUCUACGACAAGCGACAGCCCUACGGCUCGGGUUCUUCGUACGGCAGAGAGCUGGAACACCCACACACCUUAGCCCCAAGCCUGGACGAAGGCGAGUUCUACCUCUUCGCAGCGCUCCUAUUCGGGUACAAGACAGCCCCGCUAACUAUGGUCGAGGGUGGCGGCUUUGUGGUCGCGCAUGGCCCAAUCGUUUUUCAGGGGCCACGAAGCACAGCACCAGACGUACCUGCAUGGAUGCAGAGGAAUUGGGAUUUACCCUGGAGCAUUGUCGAGACCCUGGCAGUGCUGACAGCGAUCCGACUCUGGGAGCGGGAGCUGCAGAGUUGUCAGGUGACGUUGGUGGUGGAGUCGGGCAGCCUGACAGCGCCUUGCAAGCUCCGACCCGGCUCUGAACUUUCUGGGCGCGGAACCUCCAUUGCAGUCGAAGCGGCGGGCUUGGAGAAGUUGCAUGCCCGUCACAUCCCGGGCACGGCCAACACUACGUCCGGCUGUGCCCACUGGGAUCUGGACUGCGAGGAGGAGGGGGAGGAGGACGAGGAGGAGGAGGAUGCGGAGGCGGAGGAGGAUUUGGGCGGAUUUUGUGGCGCACAGAUGCGCACAGCAAAUUUGAUGCUGUUGGGACUGGCACAUCAGUCGGCAGUGCGCGCGUUGCAUUG